AUGCUCACCUAUGGGGAUGAAGGGUUUAUGAAUAGUAUCUUUGACAAAGCGGCCUUGCGUCAAGGGCCGUUUCGCACGACCACUCCGUUCCCAUUCCUACAAAAGGUCACUCUUAUGAGCUAUAGCAGCUUGUUCCAACGUACUUCGGGCUAUUCAACGGGUUUAUUUCAUCUACCCGCUGUUCGUACGAUCGAGGUCAUCGGAUUGUGGGAGUCUUUUCAACGCAGCGGAAAAUGGGAUUUUCGCGGCGUGACAGGCCGCAUGUCGCCGGUCACUGAGCUUGUGAUGUCGCCAGUUUACGGCUGUCGAGGCCUGGGCGAGUGGAUCGAAGCGUGCAGCAAGAUGGAACGUUUGCAAGUUAAUAUCGGGAUAAUGGAAUGCCUCAACUAUAUCUUCGAUCCUAUCGCAUUCCGCACAUGUCUUGUGCCGUGCAUGAAAACGCUCAAGGAUCUUUGUCUCAGGUUUCACACUUCAUACAAGGAAGACCGUGCCUUGCGGAGGGGUGAGGAGGUAUACCUUCAUCUCCUACGUGACGAUCUUCCGCUCGAGUCUUUCAGGGAGUUCUGUGUUCUGGAAUGCCUGUCCCUGAGGCAUGCCAAUCUCGUGCAACUGCCAAAUACAAAUAUCGAGGAUAGAUAUGGCGCUGCUCCACAAUCCCUCCUUGAUUUACUACCCCCAUCGCUCAAGUCUCUCGAGAUUACUGACGUCGUGCACAUUUACUUCCCCGAGCUCGUCUCUGCAUUGGAGGAGUUAGUUCGACUGCAUGUCACUUUCAUGCCUAUGUUCGAAAGGCGUGUGCUGUAUUCACAGGGGAACGAUGUGGGACCGGCCGAGACGAGCUCGAUCAACCAUCUCGCAACGGUAUGUGGGCGCAUGUGGGUGUGCCUGACGGUUAAAAGACGACCCCUUCUGUAUUUCGAUUGA